AUGCAGGAGACCCUGGAGGGAGCCGGGAGGAUCAUAGAUCGCCUGUUACAGGAGGACAGAGCCUACCCCGACCUGUCCGAUCUGCUCAACGUGCCCGUCCACAAUUGUUCAACAGUGUCAGGCAUCUCUGAAAUGGAUUAUCCUCUGCAGGGACCUGGCCUGCUAACCAUCCCCAACCUCCCUGAGCUCAGCGCAAUUCGUCGAGUGCCCCUCCCCCCCGAGCUGGUUGAACAGUUUGGACACAUGCAAUGUAACUGUAUGAUGGGAGUGUUUCCAGAAAUCAGCAGAGCUUGGCUGACCAUCGACAGCGAUAUCUUCAUGUGGAAUUACGAGGAUGGCGGGGAUGUGGCUUAUUUUGAUGGACUCAGUGAAACUAUCCUGUCUGUGGGCCUUGUGAGACCUAAAGAUGGUAUUUUCCAGCCUCACAUUCGGUAUCUGCUGGUUGUUGCCACACCUGUUGACAUCGUUAUCUUGGGUUUGAGUUUUGCCAGUUUGCAAGCAGGAAGCCUGAAUGACAGCAUGUCUGUAGGAAUGCAGCUCCUGCCAGAUCCCCUGUACUCCAUCCCAACAGACAACACCUACUUACUGUCCAUAACAUCUACCAACAAUGGACGCAUUUUCCUUUCUGGAAAGGAUGGCUGCUUGUAUGAGGUGGCUUAUCAGGCUGAAGCUGGGUGGUUUAGUCCACGAUGCAGAAAGAUCAACCAUUCCAAGAGUACCCUCUCUUUCCUGGUCCCUACAGUGCUGCAGUUCACAUUUUCGGAGGAUGAUCCUAUAGUCCAGAUUGCUGUAGACAAUUCAAGGAAUAUUUUAUACACUCGCUCUGAGAAAGGAGUACUACAGGCUUAUGACUUGGGACAAGAUGGUAAUGCAAUGAGUAGGGUGGCGUCCCUGUCACAGAAUGCAAUAGUCUCUGCAGCGGGUAACAUUGCCAGGACUAUAGACCGCACAGUAUUUAAGCCCAUAAUUCAGAUUGCUGUGAUUGAAAAAUCAGAAUCUGUAAAUUGUCACUUACUCGCAGUUACACAUGCAGGGGUUCGUCUGUACUUUACUACCGGUCCGUUCAAACAACCAGCAACACGUCCAAGCACAUUGGCAUUGGUGCAUGUCCGCCUACCGCCAGGAUUCUCCGCCUCCUCCAAUGUAGAAAAACCUUCAAAAGUCCACAAAGCUCUAUAUAACAAUGGUGUUCUACUAAUGGCCGCAUCUGAAAAUGAGGAUCAUGAUAUUCUCUGGUGCAUCAACCAUGACUCCUUCCCAUUUCAGAAGCCAUUGAUGGAGAUACAGGUAACUGUUCAUGUGGAUGGCCAUUCUUGGGCUCUUUCUUCCAUUGAUGAAGGCCAGGUGGAAAAGAUAAUGACUCCAUUAAACAAAGACAUCAUCCCUGUUACUGACUCUCCUGUUAUGAUUCGACAGCACAUGGUUCCCCCAAAGAAGUUUGUUCUGCUCUCUGCAAAGGGGAGUCACAUCUUCCAUAAGCUUAGACCUGUGGAUCAGCUGCGACACCUUCUUGUCACCAAUACUGGAGGAGAUGGGGAAGAAAUUGAGAGGUUUUUUAAACUGCACCAGGAGGAUCAGGCUUGUGCAACAUGUUUAAUACUGGCAUGCUCCUCAUCUGCAUCUGAUCGGGAAGUGUCCACCUGGGCUACACGGGCAUUUUUCAGGUAUGGUGGGGAAGCUCAGAUGCGUUUGCAGCCUUCACUGCCGGCCCCCAGCAAUGUGGGGCCAAUAUUUGGUUCUCCGAUGCCUAUGGGAUCACCAAUGGCUGUAGGCAGUCCCAUGCCAAACCCUAGCUUCCUGGGCACACCACAACAAGGUAUCUAUCCACCUGCUGUUUCUACUCCGCUGUAUUCCAUGGGAACUCCUACACAUCAGUCUGCAGCUCCUCUGGCAGGUUUAAUGGGUCCAGAGGUUAUCUUUUCAGGGAAGCACAAUGGGAUUAGUAUCUACUUUGCUCGCAUUAUGAAUAACAUUUGGGAUGGAAGUGUGGCUAUUGAGAAAAUCUUCAAGGUUGGCAACAGAGAUGUCAUAGCGAUCGAUAGUAGUGUCUCCCCGCAAGUUUUAGAAUCUGUUCUUCAGGAGCUUAAAGGUCUGUUGGAAUUUUUGGAUAGAAACUCACAAUUUGCUGUAGGCUCCCUAGGCAACCCAAGCUUUGGAACUCCAGUGAACAUCCAGCAGAGGCUGGUUGGCCUUGGCCGUCAUGAUAUGGGUAGCUCUCAGCAAGUCCACCAGGAGCUGCAAAGAAAAUACCACAGUGAAGCCCAGCUUGCAGAAAAGAUAUCUCUCCAAGGGAUCCACCAGUUGGUCAGGAAAACGUGUCAAGCCUUAGCACUCUGGAAACUGCUCUGUGAACAUCAGUUUAACUAUAUAGCAGCAGAGCUACAGAAGGAGCUACAAGAGCAGUUGAAGAUCACCACCUUUAAAGAUCUUGUAAUCAGAGACAAGGAGUUAAUUGGCGCUCUUAUUGCAUCACUUAUCAAUUGUUACAUCAGGGACAAUGCUGCUGUGGAUGGAAUCAGCUCUCUCACCUGCAAGAAGUGUGCCCUUUGCUGUACAGCCCUGAUGAUGCCAUAUGCUCCAAGGCAAAUGAGCUUCUGCAAAGGUCCCGCCAGGCACAAAGCAAAUAUGAGAAAGAGCGAAUGCUGCAAGAAUCAUUACGGGAAUACCAGAAGAUCAGUCAGCAGGUUGAUUUGGUGAACGUCUGCGUCCAGUAUAGGCAAGUGCGGUUCUAUGAGGGUGUUGUGGAGCUCUGUCUCACGGCUGCUGAGAAGAAAGAUCCCCAGGGCCUUGGGCUACACUUCCACAAGAAUGGAGAGCCAGAAGAGGAUGCAGCUGGUUUACAAGCCUAUCAGGAAAGAUUAAACUGCUACAAGUGCAUCACAGAUACUCUUCAAGAACUGGUGAACCAGAGUAAAGCAGCCCCCCAGUCUCCAAGUGUACCCAAAAAGCCGGGUCCUCCUGUGCUCUCUUCAGAUCCCAACAUGCUCAGUAACGAGGAGAGGCUGGACUUCAUUUUGAACAAAUGUUGAAACUGGCCCAACGCUCAACGGACGAACUCUUCAACAUUGCUCUGUUUAAUUGGCUGAUACAGGCAGAUCUCACAGACAAGCUCCUUGAGCUAAACUCUCCAUUUUUGGAGCCUCAUCUUGUGCGCAUGGCCAAGCUUGAUCAAAAUAAAGUGCGCUAUAUGGAUCUUCAGUGGAAAUACUAUGAGAAGAACCGCAAUUUUUAGCAGUGCAGCAAGAGUUGUUGCCAGACUGGCAGACAUGCCCAGCACAGACAUUUCACUAAAGCAGAGGAUUGAGUACCUGUCUAGAGCCAUCCUUAGUGCCAAAAGUUCUACUGGAAUGUCUUCUCUGCCUGCUGAUGGAGAGUUCCUGCAUGAGUUGGAAGAAAAAAUGGAGGUUGCUAGAAUACAACUUCAGAUCCAGGAUACGUUAAUCAGGCGAUAUUCAGAUCAUCCUUCGGUUCAAGAUGCUGCGGUUCAGCUGGAUUCAGGGCUAAUGGAUGUUACAAAGUUAUAUGGGGAAUUUGCAGAUCCAUUCAAACUGUCGGAAUGUAAGCUGGCAAUCAUUCACUGUGCUGGCCAUUCAGACCCAAUCCUGGUGCAGAAUUUGUGGCAGGAAAUCAUAGAAAGAGAAUUAAGUGACAGUGUUGCAAUGGGCGCUGCGGAUCGGAUGCAAUCGUUAAACCUGAAGUUAACAGCACUGGGCAAGGUUUAUGUCAGCAAUCCUCGAUACUUUCCCCUAGAGUUUUUGGUCCAAUACCUGGAACAACAAGUGUGCACAUUGCACUGGGAUGUGGGCUAUGUAACUAAAACAAUGCAAGAAAUCGAUGUGACCAUCCCCAGGUUACUUGAAGUUUAUGACCACCUGUUUAAAGCAAGGGACCCAUUCUGGAAUAGAACGAAGAAGCCCUUACACCUCUUAGACUGUAUUCAUAUCCUGCUGUCUGGAUACGUACAAGACCCCAGCAAAGUGCCAAGCUAUGAAAGGCGGAGGUUUAACACCAUUUGCCUGGAUGCCAUUGCUUGCUAUCUAGUUGAGCUCCAGUCCAUGGACCCGACUCCUGUAGUACAGACACGAAUUGGGAACUUCAAAUCAUUACAAGCUAAACUGGAAAGAUUAGGUUCUUGA